AAAAUAAAAGGUAAAUUACUUAUAUGUUAAAAAGAAGAAGAAGAAGCAGCAACAAAGGGACAAACUGCGGUUUUGCUCUGUUGUCCUGACUACUGAGGCUCAGGCGUGAAACACCUUGGCCACGUGUGACAGCUGUACCGGUUUCCUUAACCUUCGAACUCGGGAAGAGACGUUGCUGUAAUAACUCCUGUUUCCGUGAGGGAAGAAGACCGGAAUUUGCACUGAAAGGAGAAGACUGGCCAAAGGGCAAGCGGGUCGAAUUCAUUUUGUCCCUGUGGAAAUACGUGCUUCUGCCCACCCUCGAGAGCGACUUGUUGACCACAAAUAUCCGCGAGGUCCGGCACAUGGAGGGCAACAGCCCGAAAGGAAGAGAGUUCAUCUCUCUCACACCUGUGGCCAAUGGUCUGGAGAACAUGGGGGCCGAGCUCUUGGAAAGUCUGGAGGAAGGCCGGACCCCUGGCGACGACUCAAGCCGUGCGGAGGGUGGGGACAUCUGGACCGAGGCCAACCCGGAGCCCCUGUCAGGACGGAGGAGCCUGCAGCCUGCUCUGAGGGCCAGACGCUUCUGCCGGGAGCACACACAGCUGUUUCGAUGGAUCUGCACGGGCCUGCUCUGUACUGCGUUCGCUGCCUUCCUGCUGGUCGCCGGCCUCCUGGAUUUCCAGAGGGCCCUGGCGCUGUUCGUCCUCACCGGUGUGGUCCUCGCCUUCCUGGCCCACAGCCUGCUGAAGAGGCUGCUGGGGCCCAAACUGCCGAGGUGUUUCAAGCCUCUGGGGCAUUGCCGCCUGAACGUCUGGUUCGAGAGGACUCUGGCCCUCGCUGCUUUCCUGGGCCUGGUCUCGUGGCUGGUUCUGGACACCUCCCAGCGACCCGAGCAGCUAGUGUCCUUUGCAGGAAUCUGCGUGUUCAUCUGCCUCCUCUUCGCCUGCUCAAAGCAUCACCGCACAGUAUCCUGGAGGACUGUGGCCUGGGGCCUCGGACUACAGUUUGCCCUUGGACUCUUCGUCAUCAGAACAGAGCCAGGAUUUAUUGCAUUCCAGUGGAUGGGCAACCAGAUCCAGAUCUUCCUGAGCUACACGGACGUGGGCUCCAGCUUCGUGUUUGGGGAGGCCAUGGUCAAGGGAGUCUUUGCCUUUCAGGUUCUGCCCAUCGUUAUCUUCUUCAGCUGUGUCAUGUCGGUUCUCUACUAUGUGGGCCUCAUGCAGUGGGUGAUCCAGAAGGCCAGCUGGGUGAUGCAGGCCACCAUGGGCACCAUGGCCACCGAGACCCUGAGUGUGGCUGGAAACAUCUUUGUGAGCCAGACCGAGGCUCCUCUGCUGAUCCGGCCCUACUUGGCGGACAUGACUCGCUCUGAAAUCCACGCCGUCAUGACCGGAGGCUAUGCCACCAUUGCCGGCAGUCUGCUGGGCGCCUAUAUCUCCUUUGGGAUCGAUGCUGCCUCCCUGAUUGCUGCCUCGGUCAUGGCCGCCCCUUGUGCGCUGGCCCUCUCCAAGCUGGUCUAUCCCGAGGUGGAGGAGUCCAAGUUUAGGAGCCUGGAAGGGGUGAAACUGACCGGCGGAGACGCUCAGAACCUCUUAGAAGCAGCCAGCAGUGGGGCUGCUGUCUCCGUGAAGCUGGUUGCCAACAUCGGAGCCAACCUGAUCGCCUUCCUGGCGUUGCUGGCCUUCGUCAACGCGGCCCUGUCCUGGCUGGGAGCCAUGGUGGGCGUCCAGGAGCUCAGCUUCCAGCUCAUCUGCUCCUAUGUCCUGCGGCCCGUGGCCUUCUUAAUGGGUGUGACCUGGGAGGACUGCCCGGUGGUGGCCGAGCUGCUGGGGAUCAAGCUGUUCCUGAACGAGUUCGUGGCCUAUCAGGGGCUCUCCCAGUACAAGCAGCGCCGCCUGGCCGGAGUCGAGGAGUGGGUGGGCACCAAGAAGCAGUGGAUCUCCAAACAUUAUCUGUGACGUAUGUAUGCUGACGGAUUUCACCAAGACCCCUGCCGUUGGGCCCUCCGGGUUAAUUGCAUCGUUUGGCUAUUUUACUCGGUGCUGGAAUGAGUGGCUCCGUGCACAGAGCUGCUCCCUCCUCUCGGAUCAUUUCCUCCGGAGCUUCCCCAGAUGCUGGAAGACUGAAUCACAGAGCCUGAAUCCUCCAGCGGCUGCUGCCAGUAACUUCCCUAAAGGGUGGGGGCAACUGAAAUCGCCCCCCGGCCGUGCCCUGAGCGCUGGUUUUACCGCUAAACGGCACCGAGCAGCCUCUUUGGAAAAAAUUAAAAAGUUGUGCCGCUUUAACGGACCAAUAACAGCUCGUUGUUUAAAUUGGCAUUUCUUGGGUUACUAGGAACUUUUAACACAAAAUAUUUUUUCUUGUCUUUGAAAUUAGGUUUUAAAUUGUAAGGGAAUGUAGCCUCCAGUUAAAAAAAAAAAAAGUUUGAGAUCGAAAGUACAGAUUUCUCCUUGCUCCUUGUCCUCAACCCCUGUGUCAGUCUCUCCUCUAGAGAUAAUGGAUGGGAUGCUCCUUGAGGAUCUUUUUUUAUGAACUUCUUUCCUUUCGCAAGUGUUUGUUGAGACCUCUAAGGUGCCAGGCACUCUGCCGGGCACCAGAAAUUAGAAGGGAAAUUAGACAGAUACGGUCCCCAGUGUCAUGGAACUUACAUCUAGUGAAAAGAACAAGAAAGCAAAAGAAUAAAAAGUAAAAUAAGUUCUUUGUGUUAAGUUCUAUGAAGGAAACAAGAAGAGGAAACAAGGGGGUCUUCCUCGGCGGGGUGAGUCACAAAAGGCCCCCCUGAGGUGUGGCAGGUAGGCCAAGACUUGGAGGGUGGAGAAGGGGCCAGGGGAAGCUGGGAAGAAUAUUCCAGGCAAAGAAAAGGCAUGUGCAAAGGCCCUGAGGUUGAAAAACACUUGUUUGGAAAAUUGAAAGGAGAGAGGCACAGUUAGAGCAGGUGGUAAUCGUAGAAGAGACUGGCACAGGCCGAGGAGUAGUCGAAAGUUCCUGAAGAUUCGACAUUUGACAUUUUAAGAUUACACAGGCUGCUGGAUAGAGGGUGAUUGUAGGUGAGCAAGCAGGAUGCAGGAGCCUUAAUAUUUUUCCAUCAAUUUGUAUAAAUUAUGUUAUAAAGACAUUAACC